UGAGGGUUCUGAACGCAUAUUUUCCAAUAGUAAAACAAUCAAACGUUUUUGUUUUACCGUCGUCACUGGACGACGACGACGACGACGUUUUUACCUUUGUGGGUAGGGAGAGAUCCGAUCCGAUCCCAAUAUCGGAAUCACCCCCCUUAGCGAUCUCAAGCGCUCUAGAGAUCUCUUUCCUCAACAUGUCCCAAGACAAGGAGGAACCUGAUGUAGUUGCAGAAGAAGAAGAAAAGCAGGACUUGUCUCACAUGAAUGGAUCGCUUGAUAACGACGACGACGACGACCAGCUACUCCAAAUGAUUGCUCAACUGAGAUUAGAAAACGACUUUCUCAAAUCCCAAUUCAAGGAGGAACUAGUGGAAGCGGACGAAUCAGCAGCUCAGCUCAAACAACAAGUCGCAUCAUUGAGCAGAGAGAUUGAUGUGGAGAAACAAACUCGUGUUGCAGCUGAGCAAGCUCUAGAGCAUCUCAGGGAAGCAUACUCUGUGGCUGAUGCUAAAGCCCAAGAAUACUCCCAAGUUCAACAGAAACUGGACCAGGAAAUUAAAGACCGCGACGAGAAAUAUGCCGAGCUCGAUGCCAAACUCGCCAGGCUUCACAAAAGGGCUAAACAGCGUAUUCAAGAAAUCCAAAAGGAAAAAGAUGAUCUCAACGCCCGUUUCCAGCAACUUAAUGAAACAGCUGAGCGAGCAUCUUCUCAGCACUCAUCCAUGCAACAAGAGCUCGAACGCACUAGGCAACAGGCCAAUGAAGCACUCAAAGCAAUGGAUGCUGAGAGGCAACAACUUAGGAGUGCCAAUAACAAGCUCAGGGAUACUAUCGAGGAACUACGCGGCUCAUUGCAGCCUAAAGAAAAUAAGAUUGAGACAUUGCAACAGUCACUUCUUCAUAAGGACCAGAUUCUGGAGGACCUGAAAAAGCAGUUACAAGCUGUGGAAGAAAGAAAGCAAACUACAGUUGCUGAGUUGUCAGCCAAACAUCAAAAGAACAUAGAGAGUUUGGAAGCACAGGUCAUAGAUGCUCUAUCUGAGAGGGACAAAUCAGCCGAAAACAUUUCGUUGCUGCAGGUACUGCUUGCAGAGAAGGAAGCUAAACUUGCAGAGAUGGAGGCAGCGGCAACUGGCGAAGCAGCAAGGCUAAGGGCUGCUGCAGAAACUCUUAAAGGAGAGCUCGCACACCUUAAAGCGGAGAAUGAAAAGGAAAAAGAGACUUGGGAAGCUUCAUGCGAUGCCCUUAAAUCUAAACUGGAAACCGCUGAAAGCAACUACUUACAGGCUGAAAUCGAAGUGGCUAAAAUGAGAAGUCAGCUGGGAUCAGAAAUGUCCAUGCAGACACAGAUGCUAAGCACAAAAGAUGCGGAACUUCAAAGUGCAAGAGAAGAGAUCAACCGUCUCCAAAGCGAAUUUUCUUCUUACAAGAUCCGUGCUCAUGCGCUUCUGCAAAAGAAGGAUAUGGAGCUGGCUGCUGCUAAAGACUCUGAACAGAUAAAAUCUCUUGAGGAAGCUCUAAAGGAAGCUGAAAAAGAAGUAUAUUUGGUAUCUGCAGAGAGGGAUAGGGCACAGCAAGAUCUUCAGGGUGCUUUGGCUAGCCUUGAGAAAGAACUUGAGGAAAGAGCUGAAGUACUUAAAGAUGCCAGGGAGCAGAUCAAAAGUCUUGAAUUGAAGCUUGACUCUGCUAUUUCUCGCAAUCAGGCGGAGAAACAAGCAUGGGAAGAAGACCUUCGGGUUUUAGAAGAAACAUGGCGACGAAGAUGUGAAGCUUUAACCGCUCAAAGUGAAGCCUCCUCUGCAGAAGGUCUAGAAAAAGAACUAGAAGAUGCCAAACUGCGGAAUAAACGACUGAAGGAGGAGCAUGAAUCAGUACGUGAGCUUGCAGAUAGACUCAUUGAGGAGAAGGAUCAAGAGAUAUCCAGACUUAUGGAUGAGAAUAAAAAUCUUCGAAAAUCUAUUGAAACAAAACGAGAAUGGAACGAAUCUUCUUCUCAGGUUCACCACUAUGGGAACAACAACACAGAGUCACAACUGCAGGAUGUAACUAACUUGAGUACUUCUGCAGCAGAGCACCAGAUUCUGAUAUUGGCAAGGCAACAAGCUCAGAGAGAAGAAGAGUUAGCACAGACACAGCGCCAUAUUUUAGCUCUUCAGGAGGAAAUAGAGGAGCUUGAGCGCGAAAACCGUCUUCGCAGUCAACAGGAAGCUAUGCUAAAGAGGGAGUUGAGGGAGAUGGAAAGAGAACAGAAGAGAGAAGGUGUAGAUAUGACAUACCUAAAGAAUGUGAUAUUAAAACUGUUGGAAACAGGUGAAGUGGAAGCUUUAUUACCUGUAGUGGGGAUGUUGCUUCAGUUUAGUCCAGAGGAGAUCCAGAAGUGUCAGCAAGCCUACCAUAGCUCCACAGCAACAACAACGACGACGACAGAGGCGAGUCCAGGUCCGGCGGCAAGUGAGGGUUCAGGUCUAUCACUCUUCUCAAGAUUCUCGUUUUCCUAGUUGGGUUGGACACUGGAGCGGAGAGCUACCACAUUCUUUUGGGCCAAGAUACAUACGAGUUUUGUUUUAAGUUCUUCGUUUUUGUGUAAUGAACGUUGUUAAAGUCGAGAUAACACUUUAGUCGAUUGAGAUGUUAAUUGUAAAGAAAGGGAAGACACUAAAUUGAGUUGGACCAUUAAUGGAGUGUACUAUUUCAUUCUGAAA